UUGUGUGUUUGUCGCAAUGAUAAAAAAAAUAAGUUAAAUUUUAACUGUAAGUGAUAUAAAUUGGGAAACAGCGAGUACUAAAGUGCGCCUGGGGUUACAGUGCGCACCCUAAUCUUCAUCUUCCUUCCUCUCUACCUCACAUCACAGUAGUCUCUGUCUCUUUCUAUGGCUUUCACUUUCACUCUCACUCUAUAAUAAUAAAUAAACCCAAAAAAUUUUCAAACCAUACUCACUUUACACUUCUCUCUUCCCUCCAUAAUCACUUAGUUUUUUUUUUUUUUGUCAUUUCACUCGUUUAGUGUUAAAUAAAAUUUCACACUAAUCCUUCUUAUUGAUGGUUUGUAUAUAAUUGUGAAUUGUUCAAAAAUGGAUCCACCAAUUAUUAAUGAAGGUUCAUUCUCGGCGGCGAAUCCUUCUUCUUACAGUUUGGCUGAGAUUUGGCCGUUUGCCGCAGCGGCAAAUGGUGGAGGAAACGGUGAACUUGGUGGAGGAGGACUGGGACUCAGAAUGAGUAGCUUUACGGGUUUAUUAGAAGCAGCUGCGAACUCCAUUAAUGAAUCUACUCUGACGGAGCAGAGCAGAAGAAGCGGCGGAGCUGGUGGUGGUGAUGGUAGUGGUAGUGGUGGAGGUAAUGUUGGUGUAAGGAAGAGGGAUAUGAAUUCGGAGGAUGAUUUUUCUAAGUUUGUCUCUACUAGUGAUGCUAAUGAUUUGUUUUCAGAUUUAACGAAGCAACUUAUUGAUAUUCAUAUCAAUUCGAAUCAUGUUCAGGAUGGUUCAGUGGCCAAACGUUUGAAAGGUUCCCAAUCUAAAGAAGAAAAUGGAGUUUCAAAGGUAGAAGCAGAAUCAAGUUCUCAGACGGCUAACAAGGGGACUGAACAAAGUAGUAAACCUGAGCCACCUAAGGAUUACAUCCACGUAAGGGCAAGAAGGGGUCAAGCUACUGAUAGCCACAGUCUAGCUGAGAGGGCCAGGAGAGAAAAGAUCAGCGAGAGGAUGAAAAUUCUGCAAGAUUUGGUUCCUGGAUGUAAUAAGGUUAUCGGAAAAGCACUUGUUCUUGACGAAAUAAUAAAUUAUAUCCAGUCACUACAGCGUCAAGUUGAGUUCUUGUCCAUGAAGCUUGAAGCAGUCAAUUCAAGGAUGAACCACCCUAUCGAAACCUUUCCUUCAAAAGAUUUGAAAAUCUCUAUAACCCAAAGACUGGACCUAGGAGUUCAAGAAGUUUCAAGCACCAUGAUUAUGAGAAAUUAUGUGAUGGUCUAUCUCAAAAAAAAAAAACACUAAUAAUUAAAAAAAGAGAAAUUAUGUGAUAGUCAUAUAAAAAAGUUAUUGAAUUAGUUGAUACUGAUAUGUUGCUUAAGCAUCCGAUGUGAAAACAAGGAAAGAUUGUGCUCUCUUUUGAUAUGGACCUUUUCCAUGUACCAAUUUGCUAUUAAACUGGUCCUAUUCAGUUAUCUCGAGGUUGUGUCAACAGGAAGAAUUUUGCAUUAGUGUCUGGAGCAUUCUACGUCCAAUUGCAUUUCUAAGGAAGCUUGUACUUUAGAUUAAGGUUCAUCCAAUACAAAGUUCCUCUUCUUUGUUGAUUGGAUAACAGCUGAGAUUUUUCUCUUGAUUGCGUAUGGUGUCUGUUCGUGUAGUUGAAUUUCUGAUAAAUGUGCCUCGACCACUUUUUCUUGUACUUUUUUCCAUGUGUUCUUUUUUUUUCACCUCAUCUUUUUGGGGCGGGGGAAUCGGUCUUGAAGUUCAUCACCAUUUACAAUUCAUUUAUUACCCAAUACUGUAUUCACAGUGAUGAUGUUUACGGAUAAGUAUUGAAAGUGAAGUAUUAGCUUUUUGUAGCAUUGCUAGAUCUGCACUUUACCAUGUGAAAUUAAAUGAUGUAAUAUUUAGGACAGAUGUAGACGUUUUCCAAUAGGUUUCCAUGCCAUCUGGCUCCACAAUAAAGUCUAUGACGUACUUACUACUCUA